ACCGAGCAAGAAAAGGAUCCUCGCUUGGUUGGGAACCCAACCUCUGAAAUUGGAGCUUCCGUUGAGAAUGAAUGCAAACCGAGCUUCGGGUUUUCAACCUGGUUUCCAUCCUAAUAGAUAAAACUAAAAAUACUUAAAGCAGCCCAGGAUUAAUUGCUGACUGCAGUUUGUGUCAUCGAAAGGAGGAGAAAGCUGCAUGGAAACGUGUUCAAAUGGGGUACACUUGAUGUAUACAAAAGGAGAAAAUAGUGAAACAUGACAUCAACGACAUUGUUUUUGUGCAGUAUAACAGUAUUUGUUUAUUCACUCAAGGGAGAGGAAUGUGAAGUCUAUGAUGUGAAUGAUGUGUUUCUUAAGCACAAUUUUGUACAUGAAGGACAGCCACUUGCUGUCAACUGUUCAGUAGAUAAAAUACUGAAUUUUGAAAACACAGACUACAACUUGACUUGGUACAAAACUGGUAGCCAAACAUCUGUGGCUAAAGACAAACAUUCCAGAAUUCACCAGAAAAAUAACUUCAUUUGGUUUCUCCCUGCAACUUUAGAAGAUUCAGGAUCCUAUGAAUGUGUUAUAAGGAAUUUAUCAAGCUGCAGAAAAAUAUAUAUGAACCUAAGAGUUUUCAAGAAUAUUUAUGGUUUAUGCUUUAAUGAAAAAUUUGCCAUUGGGGAGGAGAUACUAACAUCGUCAAAUGCUAAGGUUGUGUGUCCUCAUUUGGAUUACUUCAGAGAUGAGGAGAAUACUUUGCCCCUUCAGUGGUAUAAGGAGUGUGAGCUGCUUGAAGAGGAAAGGUUUGUCUCUUCCAAUGAUUACCUUGUGAUUAAAAAUGUGACUCUACAUGACAAAGGAAACUACACGUGCAGAACAUCAUAUACUUACAAGGGAAAACAAUAUAACAUUUCACGAGACAUUAGUCUAACUGUGACAGUGAGUCCACAGAACACUCCACCAGAAAUAUUUUACCCAAGAAACAAUUCCAUUGAAGUAGAACUUGGCUCACGUGUCAUAGUGGACUGCAAUGUAACAGGCGCUGAAGUGUUUCAGGUGUACUGGACAGUCAACAACACAUACAUUGAUCUAUAUUAUAAGAGUAGAAUUUUUGAAGAGGAAGAUUAUGAAGGAGAAACUUUCUAUGAUGGACGCCGUCUUGCUACGGUGAGGCUCAACAUUUCCAAAGUGAAUAGCGAGGAUUAUGAACAUCACUUCGUCUGCCAUGCUUUGAAUUCCUUUGGUCAAGUUGCAACAUAUAUAGCAUUAAAACACAGAGUUGCAGAUUUUCACAAAUCACUGACUGGAGGAUUCAUUGCAUUGCUGCUUUUAGCAGUUGUUACUUUAUUAAUCUUCAAGCUUUUCAAGAUUGACAUUGUGCUUUGGUAUCGUAGUUCUUGCCAUGCUUUUGUAAAGAAAGAAGCUUCAGAUGGGAAGAUCUAUGAUGCAUACGUCAUGUAUCCAAAACCCAAUGGGGUGAGAUGUGUCUACACCCUGAACAACUUUGUUCUGAGGAUACUACCCGAGGUCUUAGAGAGACAGUGUGGAUAUAAUCUUUUUAUACUUGGAAGGGAUGAUUUACUAGGGGAAGCUGUGGUCAAUGUUAUUGAUGAAACCAUCAAACAAAGCAGAAGACUGAUGAUAAUUUUAGAAUCAGAAGCAUUGAGUUACAAUGUGUUAGAAGAUACCUUUGAACAACAACUGGCUGUGUACAAUGCUCUUAUCCGGGAUGAAAUAAAAAUUAUUCUGAUUGAACUAGAUAACAUACAGGACAACACGAACAUGUCAGAAUCCAUUAAAUACAUUAAACAAAAGCACGGGGCCAUCCGGUGGAAAGAGGACUUAACAGAGAAAUCUCACUCAGCAAAUACAAAGUUCUGGAAAAAUGUGAGAUACCGAAUGCCACUCAGACAAACAGUGUCUUCUUUGGAUCCAAAAACUUUCCACUAUUUUGCAGCAACAGAAAGAUGAUGAUGUUGUAUUUUAAUGGCACAGACCAGCUCACUUUAAAAUAUUUACUAUGGACAAUUUAUCUUCAGAAGCUUCUAGUGUGUAUUACCAACUGGUCAUCUCAGUCACUUAGAUGCUUUCAAGAUUAAAAAAAACCCUCUACAACAUAAUUUUGUUGUUGAUUAAAAAAUUCAGUUGCCACUAUGCCAUUGUGCAGAUAUUGGGAGGUAUCUGAAUCAUUGUCUCAGUAUCCCAGAUAUUUAAAGCUGACAUGUAGCAAAUGCAGUGGCACAUAAUUUUUGCAAUUUCUUUAAAGAAAACUUA